AUGGGUCUUCUCCCAUUACUUGAUGCAUCUGAUGUAUUAGUCCUACAUUGUCCAUUAUGUUAUUUCCACACACAUUGGUUAAAUCAUCUAGAAAUUCACUUCAAUCACGAACAUUCAUAUGAAAAUGUGGAUUUUAUGUUAUAUCAAUGCUCUAAGUGUCGAAAAAUUGCUUCAUGUAAAACAUUCCUCUAUGAACAUAUUGAUAUUUGCCACAAGAGAUCUGGUAAGUCUACCAUUCAAUCGUCUAGAGCUCAAUCACCAAACAAUACAUUAUCAGAUCAUGAAAGUAAUAAUAUUCAACAGCAAAAUCCACAAACCAUUGAACAAUGUAACAAUAACCAUAAUGCAUCAAUAGAUAUUAUUGGUCCUAAUGGGAUUAUUAAUAAUAACAGUUGUUUAACUAUUAAUCCGAGUCAUGAUGAAAAACAAAUUAACGAGGAUAUUAACAGUGAUGAAAAUGAGACCAUCAAUAAAAGUGAUGUCAGUAAUAAUAGUGAUAAUAAUGAUAAUACUAACAAGAGUGACACUGAUGAGUUUACUAACCACAAUAAUCCUAUUAUUAGUGAUAGUAAUGAAAAUAAUGAGAAAGAAGAACCAGUCCUUAAUGAUACUAAAAAUCAAUCUCCAUAUAUUAAAAUUUUAUUUGUAGGCCAGUUAUGUGGUAGUAAUUCAACAUUGUCACCAUCAAUCCUAUCCACAACUGGUACAAUAUCAGCAAGUACCAUUACCCUUACCGCUGCCACAACAACACUUCUACCAUCAACAUCUUUAUGUGAAACAUUUACAAAAUCAAAACAUAAUUCAUUACAUCACUCACAAAAUUUACAUAAUUAUCACUAUUUGAAUUCAAUUAAACAUCAAUGUUUAUUUUGUGAUUACACUAGUUCGGAUUCUACUAAAUUAGCUGAACAUUACGUACAGCAUGGAAUAAGACAGUUACAAUUACCAAAUACCAUGCAUAAAUUCAAAAAAUUACAUAGAAUUCAAGCAAUAUCUGAUGAUAAUAAUGAUAACAUAUCAACGAAUCCUUUAACAGUUAUGGAUGAAUUGACUAAAAAAAUUACAUGGAUUAUGCUAUUAGAUAGUUAUACGGUAAAUGCACUAUUUCGUAUAUCAAAUUUGGUUAAAGAAUAA